CUUCUCACCACGCGGCGAAGUCUCUCCACUCCCCCCCAAUCGCGUCUCGCAACCCCAACACCGGCGAUGGCGUCCGGACCGGCGGCGUACGGCGUCGGCGACGGCGAGAAGCCCUCGGCCCACCUCGGCCAGCCCCUCCUCCCUCCGCCCACGCAGCCCCCCUACUACGCCUUCCCCGCGUCGGCCUACGCUCCCCCGCCGCCGCUGGCGCAGCCUCCUCCUCCGCCGGCGCCGACGCUCAUCUUCGUGCCGGCCUCCCCCGUCCUCGUCCGCCUCCGCCGGCUCCGCCCGCGCCGGGUCCCCUGCCUCCGCGCCUUCUCCACCCGCACGAUCCCGCUCCUCCUCCUCCUCGCGCUCCUCGCCGGCCUCGCGUGCCUCUUCUACCCCUCCGCGCCCGUCGCCCGCGUCGCGGAGCUCCGGCUCGACCGCUUCCGCGUCAACCCGCCCCCGUUCCCGGCCGUCGACCUCGACCUCGCGCUCCGCCUCAGCGUCCGCAACCCCGGCCUCGUCCUCCCGCUCCGGUACCGCGCGGUGUCCGCCGCCGUCUCAUACCGCGGCCACCUCCUCGGCUCCGCCGCCGCGCGGCCCGGAUCCGGCGAUCUGGACGCCAGGGGGACGACGUACGCCGACGCGGAGGUGUGGGUGGACGCCGGCAGGGUUAUCGAUGACGUUAUCGACCUGAUCGGGGACCUCGCCGCGGGCUCUCUGCCGCUGGAGAUCGUGACUGAAGUGGUCGGCGCGGUCAGGGUCUUCCGCUUCGACAUCCCUGUGAAGGGGCUCAUAUCAUGCUCUGUGAAUGUCAGCCCAGAUACCCAGAGAAUCAUAAGCCAGGAUUGCUAUUGAGUGACAAUGCAUUUGGACUUGUGAUGUAAUGCUGUUGCCAAGUUUCAGGGCCUGCUAUAUGAAACUGCUGGAGUAUGUGUCUGUAAGUAGUGUGUAGCAUGUUAUUCUAUAGACAUGAAUAAGAAUUAUAAGAUACCACUGAAUUUGACCACUCUCUGUUAACCUAUUCCACCAGUAAAGAUUAUUAUAGCAUCUCAUUUUCAUGAAAUGCUACUUCUGUAUUUGUAAAUACUACCUUCCCAGAUAUGUACCAGAACCAAUGUAGCAACUAAUCAUGGUGUAUGAUUUGAACUGAACAUGUAUGGUGCGAUUGUAACUUGGUAAUUUAAGCUCUGUGUAAUUUGUACUUAAGCUUGACAAUCAAUUCUCAGAUGUCUGCUCCAA